AUGCUCUCAUUGAUCAGGUCUAAUGUGAAGAAAGUGUUUUAUCUGGUUGUUGGCCUUAAGCCACUGAUUUUGUGCUACAUUGUGUACUUGGGAGCACAUUCUCAUGGUCCAAACCCUUCAUUUUUUUACCUUGAAACUGCCACACAUUUUCAUUAUGAUUUACUGGGUUCGAUCUUGGGAAGCCACGAAAAGGCUAAAGAAGCAAUUAUUUAUUCAUAUAACAAACACAUCAAUGGCUUUGCAGCUGCACUUGAAGAGGAAGAAGCAGCAGAUAUUGCAAGUGAGAAAAUCAAUUUGACGCACAAUGUUUCUACUGAUGCAGAAAACCAAAACGUGGUAUCUGUGUUUUUGAGCAAAGAGCAUAAACUGCACACUACCCGUUCAUGGGAGUUUCUUGGACUGCAAAGAAAUGGUACCAACUCAGCAUGGCAAAGGGGAAGAUUUGGUGAGAAUACAAUCAUCGCUAACAUUGACACAGGUGUUUGGCCUGAAUCUAAGAGUUUUACUGACAACGGAUUAGGUCCUGUCCCUGCAAAAUGGCGUGGGGGCAAUGUCUGUCAAAUUAAUAAACUUCGGGGUUUAAACAAAGUUCCUUGUAACAGGAAACUAAUUGGAGCAAGAUUCUUCAACAAAGCUUAUGAAGCAUUCAACGGUGAACUUCCCCGAUCACAACAAACAGCACGUGACUUUGUGGGGCAUGGCACGCAUACCCUAUCAACAGCUGGAGGCAAUUUUGUCCCAGGUGCGAGUGUAUUUGGCAAUGGCAAUGGCACUGCAAAGGGUGGAUCCCCAAGAGCUCGAGUUGCAGCAUACAAAGCGUGUUGGUCUCUCACUGAUGCAGCUAGUUGUUUUGGUGCGGAUGUGUUAGCUGCUAUUGACCAAGCCAUAAGUGAUGGUGUUGAUGUUAUCUCUGUCUCUGUUGGAGGCCGAACUAGUCUCAGUGCUGAAGAAAUAUUCACAGAUGAGGUUUCCAUUGGAGCAUUCCAUGCACUUGGGAAAAAUAUUCUUGUUGUUGCCUCUGCGGGGAACGAUGGACCUACACCUGGAACUGUUAUCAAUGUGGCUCCUUGGCUAUUCACAAUUGCAGCUAGCACACUAGAUAGGGACUUCAGCAGUACCUUAACUUUCGGAAACAAUCAGCAAAUUACGGGAGCCAGUCUUUUUGUAAACAUACCACCAAACCAGUCCUUUUCUCUAAUCCUUGCUACUGAUGCUAAAUUUGCCAAUGCAUCAAAUCGAGACGCUCAACUUUGUAAGGCUGGGACACUGGAUCCUAGAAAAGUAAACGGCAAAAUAGUGUCAUGCAUUCGAGAUGGAAAAAUAAAAUCAGUUGCUGAGGGUAAUGAAGCUCUAUCUGCAGGAGCCAAGGGAAUGAUUUUGGGCAAUCAAAAGCAAAAUGGGAACACACUUCUUGCCGAGCCUCAUGUUCUGUCCACUGUCAACUAUCCUUCAGGCCAUACAAAAACAACACCUGGUUUUGACAUAACUGCCACGGACGAUACAAUAAACUCGAAUACGACAAUAAGGAUGUCUUCAGCAAGAACAUUGCUAGGAAGAAGGCCAGCUCCAGUUAUGGCUUCAUUCUCAUCAAGGGGACCCAAUAAGAUUCAGCCAUCAAUACUCAAGCCGGAUGUAACUGCACCUGGUGUGAACAUACUUGCUGCUUAUUCACUAUUCGCAAGUGCUUCUAACUUGCCAUCAGACACACGUAGGGGGUUUCCAUUCAAUGUAUUGCAAGGCACUUCUAUGUCUUGCCCUCAUGUUGCUGGCAUUGCUGGACUCAUCAAAACACUUCAUCCUGAUUGGAGUCCAGCUGCUAUUAAAUCAGCAAUUAUGACAACAGCAAGCACAAGAGAUAACACCAACAGCCCAAUACGGGAUGCGUUUGAUAAAAAAUUGGCAAACCCUUUUGCUUAUGGUUCAGGACAUGUGCAACCAAACUCUGCAAUAGAUCCUGGACUUGUUUAUGAUCUAAGCCUUGUCGAUUACUUGAACUUCCUAUGUGCUUCCGGAUACGACCAACAACUCAUUUCAGCACUCAAUUUCAACAGAACAUUCAUUUGUUCAGGAUCUCAGAGCAUAACAGACUUGAACUACCCUUCAAUCACAUUACCAAAUCUAGGGUUAAAUGCAGUAACUGUCACUCGCACCGUCACCAAUGUUGGGCCACCAAGCACAUAUUUUGCAAAAGCUAAAUUACCUGGAUAUACCAUAGCUGUUGUACCCAAUUCCUUGAGUUUCACAAAAGUUGGUGAAAAGAAGAGAUUCAAGAUUAUUGUACAGGCUACAAGUGUAACUAAGAGGGGAAAUUAUAAUUUUGGGGAAUUGCUUUGGACAAAUAGAAAGCACAUAGUCAGAAGUCCUAUAACAGUUCGGCUGCGCAAAUGA